AUGGAGUCGAAGCGUUGGGCAUCCAUGUCCACCGCCUCCAGAUCAACCACCGACGGUCAAGCCCAGGACAAAAAUGGAUCACCGACGCGCCACAAGUGUCGCCGCUGCGCUCAAGCUUUCGAUUCGCGCAACAAGUUGAUGCGGCAUGUUUUUGGCGACCAUCCACCACCCGGUUCUACGAGGCGCGACGCAUCAAGUGCGCCCCGCAAACCUCCAGCUGCCACAAUCGGGCCCGCUGAACCACUAUCGCCCACAGCAUCACCGGGAACACCACCACCGGGAGCAAUCCCUCUGUCUCCAGUCGAAUCACAUAGCGGAAAUAAUGACAACUACACAACAGAAAGACCACGAAACCAACACUCUUAUCACCCUCAUCCGUUUCUCACAUUUUCCAAAGAACAGCAACUCAUAUUUGUAUUUCGAAUCUUGUACGUGCUAUUCAACGUAGCGAUGAAGCAGCACGAAGAAGCAAAACAAAACCAACAACGGCUUCAACGUCUGGGACAUUUGGACUGGGACAUCAUGACACCGGAACCAGUUACGCCACCGGAGUCACCCGUUUUGGUCAGUCCGACAAUGGACUUUGUAGCCCCCAAAGAACAGCAUCACCGUGUCUUGAGCAUCAGUAGCACGUCUACGCUCAAUCCUCUCGCCAGCGAGUUCCGAAUGGUCUCCGCCGAAAACAGCUUUCCCAUGAGCCACGACGGUCAAAAAGGCGCCUCGCCAGUCAACGAGCGUUUUGUGGCUAUCACUGGGCACCCUCCAUCAGAGAAAGAACCAAACCGAAAGGCGAGCACAGAUCCCUCGCUUCAGGACCCAGAAGAAACCCAGGAGGCGGUCAAGGCACAAGCUACUGAGCAACCUCUAGGAGCUUAUGGUGAAAGUGACACCCAUGAUCUUGAGUCGGAGGACGAAGAUGACAACGGCGGCGGGGCUCAUUUGGUAUGGUUGGACGAAGAGGAAGAGGGGGUCAACAUCGCUACGAGGGGAGCUGCUUUACAGAAUAAGGACUCCACAGUGGAACAGCGCAUACAGUCCAAAGCGAUAUAG